GGCCUGGCAACAAGCAAAUCCGCUUUAAGGCUCCAGGAGGGCCUGUCCAUGUAUAUCAGCCGCUAGAUCAGCAGAGAGGAUGGUAGAUCUGCUGAUGACUGUCUGCCUGGCUCUUGCCGCUUACCUCUGCGCCUGGCCGAUGAGGAGUGCAGGUGCGUGUGUGUGAGGGAUGCAGGCAGAUCUGUCGGCACAUCAUGACGCGUAUAGUGCUCAUUCAUUGCAAGCAGUGCGUGUGCGUGUGCAGACGCGAGAUCUCUGACAGAGAGAAGGCGGCAGAAGGGGUCAGCGUUCAUCCUGCAGCAGCUGCAGCUGCCGGGAGGAAUCACGCCGCGCACACGCGCACACAGAAGGGUAGGUACCCACACGCAGGUAGCUGGCGGAUGCAGUCACUCAUUGGUGUGCGUGUGUGACUGUCCUGUUCUCCUCUGUUCUGCAGGUGCGUGUGGCACCCGCUGUGUAUGCGUCCAAAGCAAAGGGGUUCGCUGUCGACUCAGAGAGGGACCAGAGGAGGUAGAUAGACGUGCUACAGACAUACACACGGCACAAGAAGUGUCUGUCUGUCGUAUCCCAUGUGUCUGUCUGUCUGUCUGUCUGUUUGUCUGUUUUUUGCAGGGGUGGUGGGGAGGGUCCGUCAUCGGUCAAGAAGGUGGCCCGCUCACUGCCGCCACCCACACCCAAGGUUAAUUCGUGCUGUCAACGAAAGGAGUGAUUGACACACACGCACGAUCGAUGCAUCUCUCUCUCUCUGUUUGUCUGUCUGUCUGUCUGUCUGUGUCUGACCCACUGACCAAACAAACCAACGAGCAGGGAAGGGCAAUAAAGCGUCGCCGGUCUGAGAUACAGCGGGAUCGGGAGGGCAAGGCCGCCACAGACAGGUCAGUCGGUGAGGGACGGAGGGAGGGACUGACUAGUGGGAUGGGCAGACACACAGACAACGUGUAUGUCCGUGUGCAUGUCAGUGGGGAAGGGAACGACACGGUGGCCUAUGAAGACCUGCCAGAGGAGGAGCAGAUCAAGAGGAAGAAACGUGCCAAGCAGGUAACUAAGUAAGGGCUGUCUGUCUGCUCUCUGUCUGCCUGCCUGUCGAUAUCACGUGUCUGUCUGCUGUGUUGUGUGCCCACCAUUGUGUCAUUGUGUUUCAUGGCAUCAAGGCGUACAUCGAGGGGGCUUACAUGGAGAAGAAGCAGAGAGAGGUGCGCGCGCUGGAAACACACAAAGACACGCACACUCGCGCACACAGGGGGGUGACUGACAUAUUGGACGUAUGCGGAUGUGUGUGUGGACUGCAUGGCAGGAUGCCGAUGCGUUCCAGCACCGACUGAAGCAGAGGGCUCAGCAGGAGGACAUACAGCUCAUCACCAAGGGCAAAGAGGCAAGCCGUAUCCAGCCAGCCAGACAGCCAGACAGCCAUGUACGCCCCACGCGACCGACCGAUCUGUGUUGGUUUGUGUUGUGUGGGGGUGUGUCUGUGUCUGUGUCCUUGCUGUGUGUGUGUGUGUGCAGGUGAAUGUGAGUCUGGAGCCAGAGGUGAAUUCAACCGUCACCGUCAAUGUGCAAGUCGACGGCAACUUCACGCAGCAGGUGUCCUGACACUCACACACACACACACACACACACACAGAGAGAGAGAGAGAGACGCAUCAAUGCCAUGCACCCAUACAUCUCUCGUGUGUGUGCGUGUGUGUGUAGAUGUGGGAGGUUGUGCUGGCCGACCUGAAUGAAGAGGCCGCCAUCAAGGGUUUCCAGAAGGGCAAGACGCCCACUGAGGUCGGUCAGCAUUGUGAGCACUGGCGCGCAAGACUGGAGCCCCAUGUGUGCGUGUCGCGUCGCGUGUGCAGGUGCUCGUCAACCGAAUCGGGAUCGAGCCCGUAAAGGUGCGCGUGUGUAUGUGUGCAAUGCAUGUGAAUGUGCAUCUCCGUGUGUGUGUGUGUGUGUGUGUGCAGGCGCGCUGUGUCGAGUACACCGUCUACGCGCUCACUCCCAAAGUGCUCCGGAAACUCCCAAUACAGGCACGCACGCACGCACGAGCACCACACACAUACCGGUCCACCGCUAUGCAGGCAGACAGGCAGACAGACAGACACUCACACAUUGGAGUGCGUUCCCUCGUGUGUGUGUGUGUAUACCUGCCUCUAGAGCAUCGGCACGGCGCGCACAGAGGGCUCCAGACGGACACUUGCGGGCUUCUUCAGGUCAGUCAGCGCAUUUCCAUCCAUCCAUCCAGCCAUGCACGGAUGCCCACACGUCCGUCCGUCUGCAGGCCCGGGGAGCCGUUCCAGUUCCAAAUCGAGACGGACGUGUGGCCGUCGAUCGCAUUCGCCAAACACCCACACACUGGGGAAGACAUGUACAGGCAGCUAGAGGUGGGUACCUGCCUGCAGCAUGGCAUGACGCCUGUCUGCACACCACACACACCCAUCACUCACAGUGCCCGCCCAUGUGUGUGUCUGUGUGAGUAGGUGACGGCUGUGAAGCCCGACUUCGACUUUCGCAUGCACAGAUACCGAUAUGAGCUGAGGCACAACCACGCCAAAGUGAGCAUCAUGAUGCACACACCAAUGGCGCCGCAUGUGUGUGUGUGUGUGAAUGGCAGCUGGUGCCGACUCCAGACGAUCGAGCGCUCUGGGGUGACGCUUUGGUGGCCGAGAGAGUCGAGACCUUCCUAGUGGGCGAGAACGGCACAGUGGGGCAGCAGGUGCGUCCGCAUGGCAUGCUAUGGGUCUAGUCUAUGCAUGACACACCACACAUGCACCGCACCCAUCUAACCUAUACACACGUGUGUGGGUGUGGUGUGUGUAGCUGACGGGUCCCGAGUUCACGCUGGCAGACGAGGUGCUCCACCUGGUGCCACACGUGCACCUGGACGGCCUCGUCGAGGGCUGCAUAGGUCGGUCAGUCGGGGCGGACGAACGGACACACGCACACACUAUGCACGCACACAAAUGCGUGUUUGGCUCUGGCUCUGACUGGUGUGUAGGCAUGCGCCAGGGCGAGAGCCGGCUGGUGAAGGUCAGCACGGCAGGCAGCUCUGGUGGUGCCGAGCAGGUAACUAAAGUACGGGUGUGCGCAUUAUACACGUGAAUUGCAUUGCAAUCCUUGGUGGCUUGGCCGAUUGUCAGGGUGCUGCUGAUGCUGAUGCUGAUGCUGACCAUGAUGGAGAUCAAGGGCUCGAGCAAGAUGACGAGGGCGACGAAGACGCAGAGGUGCGGACGGGACGGCUUGCCAUGUGUAUACCUUUCUUGUGUUGUGUGGGUGCAGCUGUUCCUCAACGUCACCAACGUGCGCGUCAUGGCCCGGUCAGUCAGUCUGCACACGUGCCACCAGUGAAUUGAAUGCAGCAUAAGAAAGUGAGCAGCUGCAUUAAGUCACUGUCUGCGUGUGUUCCUUCACAGAGAGGUCCCGGACCUUAGCGAUGCACUCGCGAGGCAAGCAGGUGCGCGCCACCACACACACUCGACACACCUAGCGAUGCAUUCACCCCAUCGCUGUGCGUGUGUGGAUGAAUGCAGCCAACAUGACGCUCAAGGAGCUGCUGGGCCAGGUGGAGGACAAGCUGCUCAAGCAGUGCCAGGUGGGCGGCUGGGUGGUGGGUGAGUGAGGGACAGAGAGGGAGGGAGGGCAAACACACACAUUAAUACGAACGAACGAGCGCAUCUCGGCUGUCGACGUGUCUGUCGUGGGCAGGAUGACCGGGAGCGCAAUCUUCGCGCCGGCGUCAUCGCCGCACUGCUCGAGUGCACCAACCUCACCAUCCCAGGUAAGGUACACACACUCAGAUGCACUCACGUGUGGACAAUGUCUGCCAAUUCUGCGCACAGAGACGCUCAUAGUGGAACACGGCAAGGGCAAGUACGAGAUGCUGCUCAAGACGGAGGCCUCCAAAGGCCACGACGUCUCCAAACUCACCAACGCGGCCGCACUCAACGACUACCUUCGCCGGAAACAAGCCGCCAUCACACAGUAAGUAGUCAUUGAACACGGCGGCUCUGCUGGAGUACCCACCUGCACGUGUGUGUGUGUUGGCACAGGGAGCUGCAGGCGUCCUUUAUCCUGGAUGAGAUCGCCGAGAGAGAGGGGCUGACUGUGGCGGUGAGUCGAACUAAGCACACGUGUCUGUCUGUGAAUCUACCUGUGUGUGUAUCUCUCUCUGUGUGUGUCUGUGUAGCCUGACGAGCUGCAGAUCAACAUCGACACGGUGCAGCAAGACAUGAAGAAGCUCAAGCUUGUGGUCCGCCAGCCCCGCGCCCACACACCCCACGCACAUAUGUCAUCUGUGUGUGCAGGAGUCUCGAGUGCAGUCGAAGCUCGAGGCAAUGCUCAUGGCGCAGCGGGUCAUCGACUGGAUCACAGAGAGGUCCGUGACACACACACACAUACGAAGAUAAUGGUGGCAUCCAUCCAUCCGUCCGUUUGUGCUCACUGCAGGUCGUCGAUCACCUGGGUUGACGAGGCCGAACUGUAUGGCGGCAAUCUCGACGACAGGCUGGACACGCUCAUGCGCCAGACGGACGCCACCACACCCACAACCGACACACACAGUGACAGCGCCCCGACUGCCAAGGUGCCUUCCUGACACACACACACGGUGUGCGCAGACAGCCACGUGAAUGGGUGCAUCUCUGAAUGUGGGCAGAUGUCGGCUGAGGAUGUUCUGGCCCGGCGGGCGCUGAGGACCGUGAGCAGUGUCCGGUGAUGUGGUCGAUGAUUGUGUGCGUUUUGUGCACGCGGAUACCUGUCUGUCUCGUGUGUGGACUGUACAUCUGAACGUCAGUUACGGGCCUUUUGGGUGUAUGGGUAUGGGUAUGGGUGUGUGUGGAGGUGUUAAGACCUCAUAUGUAUGCAUCGACUUAACCGAUUCAUUGCAG